AUGAAGCUCGUGUGGUCGCCGGAAACUGCCUCUAACGCUUACAUCCACACCGUUAGAACUUGUAAAAUCUACAAAGAAUCGAGUGUGGCGGAGUAUUUAUCGGCUACGGCGGCUGGAUGGAACAUGAGACUGAUCGUCGAGACUUGGACACGUGGAGAUCCGAUCGCCACCAGCGUCGGACUCGCCGUCGCGGCGAUCCACACGUGCGGAAGACACGUGUGCAUAGUUCCUGACGAAGAGUCAAGAUCGGAGUACGAGGACGUCAUGAAGAGAGCCGUCACGAGCGAAGCGACGGAGGUUAUGGUCGGAGAAUCGCCGGAGGAUGUGGUAGAGAGACUCUCCGGAGUUGAUUUCAUGGUGGUGGACUCGAAACGUCGUGAGUUCGUUAAGGCGUUGGGAUUAGCGAACACGAGCAAAAUGGGUGCCGUUUUGGUGUGUAAAAACGCGACGCAGAAAUCAAUCCCUGGGUUUAAAUGGCACGGUGUUUUGAGAAGAGGCACACGUGUGGUGAGAUCGGUGUUUUUACCCGUUGGGAGAGGGUUAGAUAUCGCACACGUGGGAGCUAGUGGUUGCAGUGAUUUGAAGAUGAAUCCUAGCCGUUGGAUUAAACACAUCGAUCCUCGCUCUGGAGAGGAACACUUGUUCAAACGUUAA